UUUAGCUUGCCUCUUAGUACACACACUCUCUCUCUCUCUCACACACACACACACAUACACACACAGUCACUCUCAUAUAGACAGAGACAGUGGGGCCUAGCAGACAAAAUCAGGAUGUGACAUCACCACAGGAAGAGAAGCCAAACAACUUUUCUUUUGGUUUGUGGAUCAGUUUUGCUUUUUCUCCAGCACUUUUUGAGCGUUCGGGUUUGCUGAUGAGUGGCAGAGGACUCAGAGUUUGUUCAGAGGAGAAAUCCAGCGUGAUCCACGUCCUCUGGGAGAUAAGUGGAGGCAGUGAAAUUCUCCUGAGCGUUCCCACAGAUCCCCACAGCAUUCCAGGCAUUCAAAACGGGACUUCGGCCAGAAACAUCCUCACUUUAUGGAAUAGAAGAGGAACACAUCCAUCCACCUAAACCUUGACUGGCACAAACUCUACCUGCAGAGACCCAUGGCUCUGUGCCUGGGGCAAGUCUUCAGCAAAGACAAGACGUUUAGGCCUCGGAAGCGAUUCGAGCCAGGCACCCAGCGUUUUGAGCUGUAUAAGAGAGCACAGGCAUCGCUGAAGUCUGGCCUGGACCUCAGGAAGGUGGUUCAGUUGCCAGAAGGAGAGAACAUUAAUGACUGGAUCGCUGUGCACGUCGUGGACUUCUUCAACCGCAUCAACCUGAUCUAUGGAACGGUCAGCGAGUUCUGCACAGAGAGGACCUGCCCCGUCAUGUCUGGGGGCCCUCGCUAUGAGUACAGAUGGCAGGACGGGGACCACUACAAGAAGCCCACCAAGCUCCCGGCCCUCAAGUACAUGAAUCUGAUGAUGGACUGGAUUGAAUCGCUCAUUAACAAUGAGGACAUCUUCCCUACACGCAUAGGGGUUCCUUUUCCAAGAAACUUCCAGCAAGUGUGUAAGAAGAUCCUGAGCCGGCUAUUCCGGGUGUUUGUGCAUGUGUACAUCCACCACUUCGACAGUAUCUGCAAUAUGGGAGCCGAGGCACAUGUAAACACCUGCUACAAACACUACUAUUACUUUAUCUCAGAGUUCAGUCUCAUCGAUCACUCAGAACUGGAGCCGCUGAGGCCCAUGACGGAGAGGAUCUGUACCUAAAGAAAGUGUACAGUAAAGAAACUGUUAUAAGCUAUUUCCCCCACUCUGUGAUGGAUCCAUGGACUAAGCAUUUCCAGUAUUUAAGCCAAAUGGACAUUUGUAUAUAUAUAUUUUUUUUUUCAUCUUGUUUCUUAUUGUACUUCAUUUUCUCACCAGUUCAGAAGGCCAAAUGCUUGUUCAUAACAAAUCUCCCUAUAACUACUAAUGCCCCCAACUAGGAGCAUGAAGACUACAUUCCUCUUUUUCAACUGGGUCACCAGAGUGCUCAGAGGAAAGCACAGCACUCCAGCUCUGAUACAACAGAUAACAGAUGCCUGUGCUGACCACCAUCACAUUGACCGAGAUGUGGGUAAAGAGAGCUCUCUCUACCCACCCAUUGAGAGCAAGGCCAAUAAUUCUCUCUCGGACUCCGGCUGCUGAUGGCAAGCAGCCUGAUUAGGGAUUAAGACCUGCAAUCUACAAAUCAUAGUGACUGUUCCCUAAUCUGCUGGACAACAAUGUAUUCUUAAUCUACGUUGUGUUGUUUUGUUUUAGGAUCUCAUCCCAGUACUUCAGUGAGCCAAACAUAUGUAACUAAGGCAGAAGUGUUAGUCCAAUAGUGACUAGGUUUUUGGGACCAAUAAUGCUAACUGUGUCAAAGUCCUUUAUGUUUCAGUUAUUAAUCAGUCUUUAAAAGACAAAAAUGCACUAGAAAUAUUUAGCAUUGCAAAACAGCUGUGCUAGUGGUGUGCCCUACUGCCAUCAAAUUAUAAUUGUACUCUCAGAACAUGUCCUCUUUAUCACAGCAUGGGAAAGACUCACAUUUCUGGAGAAUCUGAUAUGUGGUUUGACAAUGUUUUUUGUUAUAAUUUAUGUUCCUGAGGAUGAGAACAGACUUGUUUUUGUAUGCCUUUUUUCAAGCAGUUGCAUUCAGGGCAUGACAUAACAUGCCUGAUGUUUCAGGGCUGGUUUGAAAUGCAGCAGUCUUGGCAAUGUGAAAGUGCCACAGGCCCUUUCUUGCAUUUUCAUUAUUUUCAUUUUUAUGAAAAUAUGUUGUGUGUCUUCCACUUUAUUUUCUUUGUGCAUGUUUUUAUCUAUUGUCUAAAUGAAACAGAAUCUUCCAAUGAACAUCUUCCCCUGUCAUACCAGCUGCAUUGCCAAAAGACUGGGAGAAUAAAAACUGCAUGCCUUGUC